UUAACAACGCUCAAUCAUUCAUGCAGCAUUCACCGCGCGUGGAACACGUCUGCAAGAUGCCGAAAGAGGAGGACCCGCUGACGACGUUGAUCCCCGGCACCUCCGUCUGGUCGAGACUGCGACGUUGGUUCCUGCGCACGCGGAUAGUGUCCCGCAGACAUCCGUUCACGCGAUGGUGCGUGAAGAGCAACAAGGCGUUCCGUUACGAUAUCAGUCGGCACAUCGAGUCGUAUCCCUACAUGAUCCAUCCCUUCAGUUCGUUCAGAAUAAUGUGGGAGACCGCGAUGACGGUGUUCAUCAUAGCAGCCCUGAUAGUCACGCCGAUCCUCUUUACGUUCUUUGUGAAUCACGAGAAGUGGCACAUCAAUCACGCGAUAAACGCGGUGCUCGUGUGCGACAUCGUGUUGUGGUUUCUCACCGGUUAUUAUGAUCAUCAAACGCAGUCCAUAAUCUUAGACUCGAGAAUCGUAGCGAGCAAGUACCUACGGGGAUUCUUCGUCCUGAAUGUGUUACCGGUGCUACCGUUGGAGUUCCUCGCCACGGCUCGCGAGCCGAUAUGGUUCCUGAAGUCGGUCAACCUACUGAAGAUAGUGUGGAUGCGAAACCUGUUAAUUUAUUCCCGCAGGCUCUACUACGUGUACAGAAUCAAUUUUCACCUGUAUAAAAUCGCGGAGAUGGGUGUUAUUAUGGUCAUUUACGUGCACUGGGUCGCCUGCCUCGAAUAUUACAUACCGUUGAUCGUGGCUAAAGUGGCCGGGCCGGAUGACGAGUCGUGGAUUCGCUCGGCCUACAUGCUGAAGAGGGAGACCAGAUUCCAGAUCUACCUGGCGUGUCUGCACAGAGCUCUUAUCGCGCUGGCCGCCUCCGCUCAUUACUUGAACAUGCAAACGACCGAGGACAUAGUGUACAAUUUGAUUCUCACCAUCCUCGGUUUCUUCGCCUUCAUCUAUCUGUUGGCGCGCUUCUUGCAAUUAAUGACGACGUUUCAUUCCACCAACAAGAGGCACUUGAAGUUGAUUCAACAGCUGCAGCAGUACAUGAGGCACAAGGAACUUCCGUAUUUCCUGCAACGGCGACUGCUGGCUUAUUACAACUACCGUAACCAAAAGGGGCUCGAGAGGGACAAGCAGAUCAUGAGAUAUGUGUCGCCUUAUUUGCGAGAGAAGCUCCUUCUGCACAACUACAUGAGCCUGCUGAAGAAUGUAGAGCUGUUCAGACACCUGCCGCAAACAAUAGUGACGCAAUUGGCCGACGCACUGCAUUCGGAGAUCUUUAUUACGAAUGACGUGUUGAUCAAGGCCGGCACACGCGGCGACGCGUUAUAUAUUGUCGCCUCCGGCACUGUGGCCGUUUUUAACAAUGUAGGAAAGGAGAUCUGCCACUUGGAGGACGGCGCGUACUUCGGCGAGAUUGCGUUGGUGAUGGAGGAUGAGUGGAGGAUCGCCAGCGUCGUCGCUGUGGAGAACUGCGAGGUCCACGUCCUAUCGCGUGUCAACUUCCAACGCGUCUUGGCGCCGUAUCCCGAUCUGCUAACUCAUCUGCAAAACGUCGCGCUCGCGUUUCUAGAACAGUUGCUGUCACUCGAAGAGGCGGGCGAGCUGGAUUUCUCGACAUUGGCAUCCGUCAAGAUCAACAUCAGCAGCAUAAAGACUAGGAGGAGGGACUGAGACAUGGUAAGGUAGCCCGUCCCGACGACUCGGUGAGAUUUCUUCCAAUUUUAUUCUGCGUUUUAUUCAAUCGUUUUUCUAAUACUCUUUCUUUUUAGCCUUAAUUUGUAUUCAAGAUUUUAUUACGUUACUGAACUUUUAAGUUUGUGUUAUUUCUAAUGAUAUGAGCUACCUUUUCCUGCAAUCUCUGCUUCCAAAUGUUAAAAUUUGAUUGUAUAUAUCGGUCAUGGAAAAUUUUCCACUUUUGUCUGGAAAACAUGGAAGACUCAGGAAAUGUCAAAAUUAACUUUCUG